AUGGUACAAUACUUCUACAACAACAUCUCCUACGAGCGCAAUGCAAUCUCUCAUUUCCCCCUCUUAUUUCUGACUGGAUCUUCUCUGCAGGUUGAAACUUUUUGGGUCUGCUAUUGCCACUUGGCUCGCCCCUCAUCUCUGCCAAGCCCUACGGAUCUGCAUCUUUUCAAGGAGGGUAUUCGCCCUUUGUGGGAGGACAGUGCCAAUUCCAGUGGUGGAAAAUGGAUAAUACGAUUCAAGAAGGUUGUCUCGGGACGCUUCUGGGAGGAUCUGGUUCUUGCCUUGGUAGGCGACCAACUUGAGUACAGCGAUAGCAUUUGUGGUGCAGUAUUAAGCAUCCGAUUCAAUGAAGAUAUACUGAGUGUAUGGAAUCGGAAUGCAUCUGAUCAUCAGGCUGUGAUGUCUCUUAGAGACUCAAUCAAGAGGCAUUUGAAGCUUCCUCACAGCUACGUUAUGGAGUACAAGCCCCAUGAUGCUUCUCUUCGCGACAACUCAUCUUACAGAAACACAUGGUUGAGCAGAUAGCUUGUGUUACUAAGAUUUUUUUAAUGCCAACAAGGGAAAGAAAUGUGCGGAGGACCUAUCGCUCAUUGUCAUGUUUUAUACUCCACUUGCCAAACAUGGCCGAAGGAUCUAUCGACUUUGUACUGCGAAACAACCUUUCUAGGGUUGUCUUGAUCUUCUUGCAGGUUGAACAGUAAACAACAAUGACUGGUUUUGUUGUCCGUUAAACGUUGGUGUUUAUGGAAAUGGAUGUUCCUCUCUGGAUUAUGAUUUAUCAUAUUCGUAUGUAUGUGCACUGAUUCAGGCUGGUUAAUGCCUCUAGCCAAUUACAUGCUUGCAAC